GGCCGGCUUUGCCAUCUUCUGGUUCUUGGGUGGUGAAAAAAAAAAUUAAGGGGCGCGGGCAGGUGCUGCUCGUUGGUUAGCCGACAUGGCGCGGGUGCGCAGGGUUGUGAAGAAGAAGAAAACGAAGAAGAAGAAGAAGGCGGCAGUGUCUGUGUCCAACGAUGUAGCGAUGGGUGAAGGCUCCGCGGGCAGGAGCGGUGCACAAAAAGAGUCCGGAAGCCGGCCGUCUGUGUGGCGGCCAGGAGUUGAUGAGAUCGGCGAUGAGGAGGAACUGCAGUACGAUCCGACGGCUUAUGAGUGCUUGCACUGGUUCAGUCUGGAAUGGCCCAGUCUCAGCUUCGACAUCAUGCGAGAUAACCUUGGUGCACAGCGGAUGGAGUUCCCUCACACACUGUACUUCGUUGCUGGGACGCAAGCGCUGAUGGCCAAAUCGAACGGUUUGGUGAUCGUGAAGCUUUCGAAUCUGACGAAGAUGAAGCACCCGAAGCUGCAGAACGAGGGAGACGAUGGCAAUGAUGAUGGUGACGAUGACGAUAGUGGCGACAGCAGCAGCAGCAGUGAAGAAGACGAGGAAGAAGAGGACAAAGAAGUUGAAGCCAUGAGGAACAGCAAAACACAGCCCUUCGAGAAAUCUGUCAAUGCCGAUCUAGCAAACAAGAAGAAACCCGGGCUCCGAACUCGUAGAGUGGCUCAUCACGGAGGCGUGAACAGAGUGCGAAGCAUGAUGCAACAUCCGGGGAUCGUCGCAUCCUGGGCAGAAACUGGACACGUGCAAGUUUGGGAUUUGAGCACUCAUCUGAAUGCGUUGGCAGAGGUGGACCAAUCAGGCAUGUCCACGUCUGGAGCUGCUGCAAAAGAGGGGGCUGCAUUCCUACCCCCUCUGCAAGUGUUCACUGGUCAUGCAGAGGAAGGAUUUGCCCUCGACUGGAGUCCCGUGACAGCAGGCAGGUUAGUCAGCGGAGAUAACAAGAAGGGAAUUCAUCUCUGGGAGCCAUCGGUUGGCGGCAAAUGGACGAUUGAACGAUCUCCGUACAGAGGUCACGUGGGGAGUGUUGAGGACCUGCAGUGGAGCCCAACGGAAGCGGAUGUGUUUGCCAGCUGCUCUGCCGAUCAGACGAUGCGGAUCUGGGACACCAGAAGUCGCGACGCCUCUGCACUCACUGUCAAGGCACAUGCUGCUGACAUCAACGUCAUUUCCUGGAACCGUCUGGCCAGCUGCAUGCUCGCAUCGGGAUGCGACGAUGGGUCUUUCAGAAUAUGGGAUUUGAGAAACUUCAAGGAGGAUUCCUUCGUGGCGCAUUUUAACUACCAUUCGGGCCCCAUCACCUCCAUCGAGUGGAGCUGCGAGGACAGUUCAAUGAUUGCGUGCACGAGCGCGGACAAUGUGUUGACGAUCUGGGAUCUCUCUUUGGAAAGAGAUCCUGAAGAAGAGGAGGAGUUUACGCGCGGCGACACCUCGUUGGCCGCUCCACCAGAGGACUUGCCCUCACAAUUGCUCUUUGUCCAUCAGGGACAGAAGGAUCUCAAAGAAGUGCAUUGGCAUCCCCAGAUUCCUGGCUUGCUGAUAAGCACUGCUUCAGAUGGAUUCAAUGUGUUCAAGCCAUCCAAUUUAGCAAAUGUUUGACUUCAUACACCAUUGAUAUGGGGGUGGGGGGCGGCAGAGGGGGAGGUGGGGUACGGCUCCAGGAAGGGAGAAGAGGCAGGAAGAGUUGGGGAAAUCUUCCCUAUAUUUUGUCGAUGAUACAGAAAUAGGAGGAGGAGGAGGAGGAGGAGGGGGAGAAGGAGAAACCAUCGCCAAGGUUGGUUUUGGUUCUUGUUCGUUGCUGCAAUCCCUUUCACUUGUUCCCAGAAUCACGGAAUCUUAAAGUGUGUGAGCCUGAUUGUUGGAUAGGUAGGGAUAUGCCACUCUGUGUUGUUUGUCUGAAGCGCAGCAAAUCAUCACUAAUGAGUGGUAAUGACAGAAAAAAAUGCAUGAGCAGAAAACACUUUGACAUGAGAAAACUGAAAAGAAAUUACUAGAAACUUAGUUGAAAGAGACACACAGGCUUUUGUUUGGGUGGCAAGAAACUCCACCAAGUACAGGUAGCCCGCCGUAGAAACAGAUCACACGCUUUUGUUUGGAUGGGAAGAAACCCCACCAAGUACAGGUCGCACGCGAUAGAAACAGAUUGACCUCGAGAGCUCCAGGCCGACAUCCGUUUUCUUCUGCCCAUACAUGCAUGACCUGUCCCAUGGAUCCCAAACAAUGGGACAAAACGAACGUCUUUGUGUUUCUUUUUAACUUCAGCUUUUUCUGCAUAGUGUGUGUUGAUCGCACUGUCAUUCCAUGUCCUGUGCAAGACAUCUAUGUGAGGUUUUCUUGGUCGGAUUGAUCCGACUCUCACAAACUAUCAACGAAGAAGCAGCAGUGAAAGUACGCAAGGCAGUAAACAGUGCAAAGAGCU